AUGGGGAAAGCAUUCACUGCGAACGAAAACAGCAUUAAAGUUCGGAGAUUUUUACCUUUCAUGGCGGUUUAUUCCUUCUCCUACGCUUCAUCUUCCUCUUUUGUCCAAAGGCCACUUCUCCGUGGGACCCACCCAACUCAAGCAAGCUUACCCACGCCAUCUUCUUCGCUGGUCAAAACUCUAAUUUGCAGACCCCCAAAAGCAAAAACCCAGCAAAGAGAAGAAAAUGUUCGCAAGAGUGAAGGUGCUCCUCCAAUGGCAAACAGGUGUGCAGUGAAUAAACCCACAUUAUUAAAACCCGCCAAAAUUAGACCCAAAUCCAACCCACCUACUUCCCGCCAUGAUAACCCUAAAUUCGCCGUCGCAACCCAAUAUUCAAACUUCAAUUCAAAGACAACUCUCGAUUCCGAUUGCGAAUCGGAGUUCCAGACUGAGAGGGGUCUUAAAUUCGACGACGGGACCUUCUUCCGCCACGAAAGCGCCACCGGCCGCGACCUCGGCGUGCUCACUGCCGCGCUGUACAAGAAGUCCAAGGGAAAAUUGCGAGUUCUCGCUGCACUGUGCGGCUGCGGCAUUCGGUCCGUCCGGUACCUCGUCGAGGCGGAGGCCGAUUUUGUUUUUGCAAAUGACGCGAAUGAUGAGAACAGGAAAGUUAUCACGGAGAACUUGUCGCAGGUAGAGAGUGGUUCUGGGGACGAGGCGAGAUGGGCGGUGUCGCUUACGGAUGCAAAUCGGGUCAUGACGGAGUGUUAUCUGAAAAGGGAUUUCUUUGAUUUGAUUGAUAUUGAUUCGUUUGGGAGUGUUUCGUCGUUUUUGAGGUCGUCGUUUAAUGCUUUGAAGCUGAAUGGUUUGCUGUAUGUUACUUCGACUGAUGGGUUAUGGUCCGACGGUCACCGGCCUCAACAAACUUUAGCUGCAUAUGGAGCUUAUGUUCAGCCGAUGCCAUACUUGAAUGAGCUCGGCUUACGAAUGCUUAUCGGAGGAGCCGUGCGGGAAGCUUCUGUGCUGGGAUAUCGAGUGACUCCAUUGUUUUCAUACUAUUCAUAUCAUGGACCUAUUUUCAGAGUAAUGCUCCAAGUCAAUCGUGGAAAGCUUCCGGAUAACAAACAUUAUGGUUUCAUCGGUUACUGCAACAGCUGUGGAAGUUGUAAAGAGUACUCAUGGGUUGAACUUGGUCGGAUCAGUUGCCCCUGCAGUGACUCAAAGGUUUCCAAGGCACUAGUUGUUUCUGGCCCUCUCUGGACAGGGCCCUUGCAUGACACUGCUUACAUUACAGAAAUGUUAAGUUUGGCCGAGGAGUGGGGAUGGGCAGGCAGUGUAACAGGAACUGAUUUGGACAAACUUUUGAACCAAAUGGUGGCAGAGAGUGAUCCAAAAUUACCCUUUGGCUACAUCAAGUUGGACGAGGUGGCAAGCCGCGCGAAAGUAAAUUCUCCGACGCUGAGAGCCGUGGUGUCCACCCUUCAAGAGGAGGGAUAUGCUGUGAGUCGGUCACACAUUGAAUCCAAUGCAAUCAAGACGAACUGUCCAAUGGAAGACUGCGUUAGAAUUGUCGAGCAACUUCAUCAGCGCUGAAUGAGAAGAUGAGUUUCCAGACGCAUCGCACUUCCACUAGUGUCGAGACUCGAGGGCACCGCUCAGCCCUGAGACGGAUCAAAGAAAAGCAGGGAGCUCUCGUUGGGCCAGUUAAGCAUCGUCUAAUUUUGUUGUGUGCGAGCAACUCCCGGAGGUGGUAUUGCUCAAUGAGAGAAGAAAAUGCCGUUGCGCUCUGCUCAGGCUAGAAUGCAGGCUCACUUUGAUAACUUAUGUAACAUAUUAAGAGGGCUAUAUAGCCAAAAUAGUCCCUGAGAUUUGUAUAACUCAUCACUUUGGUCCCUAACAUUUCAAAUCGAUAAAAGUGGUCUCUAAGAUUGUUUACCAUCCA